AUGGACGAUGACGAGCUCAUCAGCGUGCUGCCUAUCCACUAUUCAAACAGUCUCAGUCCGAAUUUGCACAUCCACCAAUUUCCGCUUCUUUCUCGUCCAUUACAAACACCGCCUGCGGCUGCAGUCAGUGGAAAACGAAUUCGCGCACGAAUAAAGCCAAUCACGCGGAGAUUAGAGAUCCAUGUACCAGUGGAUCCACGCCCAGAGGUGUGGAAUGGUGAACGGAGCAAAUCACUCGGUGCUGCUCGACAAGAGGAUGACUGUGAAAAAAACCAGGAUACUGGGAAGAUGAAGCAGAUGGAAGGAGAGGAGCCGCGGUUGAUCGAAGUGCGCAUGCGGAGCGAACUGAUACCGCAAGAGGGCGCGUAUAUGUUGGGAGUGGUUCGCAAUGGUCAAUUACAUCUGCAACCCAUCAACGAAACCCAUCAAUUUCGACCGACGCUGACUUACUUGGAUGUCAUGUCUCGAAAGAGUCGUCGUUCGAGAGGUGAUGCUGGAUCUGAUGAGGAUUCUGACGAUGGUCCUCCGCCUGAUCCUGAUGAACCACCACCUGUACAGACUGCAGCAAAGAAAGAAAAAAAACCGCUUGAAGUGAAAGAGGUUCAAGUGUCUGCGCGAAAAGUUGCGGAUGACAAGGGUAAUCUGCAAGGUGGUCUAUCUGCCGUGCGACGUGAAAUGCUGCUUGCUAUCCGAGCUGAAGAAGAGGAGGUCUGGCAAGACCUAGACUUUUGUGACGGAGAAACUGCUGAAGGACACGAAGCAUUUGAAGCUGUGUUUUCGCAAAAUGAAGAGCAUUUAGAAUGCAAGUCUGAUAUUACUGCUUUUUUAAAGGACAUUGAAGGACUAUAG